GUGGGGGUGAGGAGGGCACAGGGCAGUAUGUUUACUCACAUCUACGAUUAGUUCCUCCAGAUCCCGCUCCGAGCUUCGCUUUGGUUCCUUCAGCCGGACUCUGAAACCAGACUCGCCCGGGGAGGAGGAGGAGGAGGAGGCGUCUUCACCAUGCUUGCGUGUCGCUCGGUGAGGCUGUCUGCGGCGGCUUUCAGGAUUCCGGGCUCGUUGGGUUUUCGGGUCAAAGAACCGAGAGGGGACGUGACCCUGACGUUUCGGCGGCACCGGUUCUCCCCUUUGCGCGGCCCGGAACAGCCGCGAGCGCACCUGGAGACGAGAAUCCCGGAGCUCCCGAGAGUCCCGGACCGGGACGCGUCGGCUGCUUUUGUAACCGCAGACUGGCGGCAUCCGAACCGGGUGACCGCGAGGCUGCUGCUGGACGCCUCGCGCGCUCACAGCAGAGGAGGCGCGAGGAGCAGGAGUGUUUUGUUUACAGGUACCACCUUCAGCAUGCAGAGCAGAGCUGCGUCCACAAAUACAGCCACGAAGAAGAGCGAGGCUGACGACAACAAAGAGUUUGUUCAUGAGCUCCAGGAGGCCUCGACUACCUCAACCACAGAAAAGAGUCCGGAGGACAAACCGGAGCCACAGGAAGGAAAACUCAACAAAACCCAGCAGCUAAAGAAAGUCUUCAAAGAGUACGGAGCGGUGGGAGUUUCCUUUCAUAUUGGGAUCUCUCUGGUGUCUCUGGGAAUGUUCUACCUCCUUAUAUCCAGUGGGAUCGACUUGGCGGCCAUCCUGUGCAAACUGGGCUUCAGCGAGGCCGUGGUUCAGUCCACAAUGGUGGCUGGAACCAGCGCGUUUGUCCUGGCCUACGCCGUCCACAAGCUCUUCGCUCCCGUUCGCAUCAGCAUCACGCUGGUGUCGGUUCCUAUCAUCGUCCGCUUCUUGAGAAAGACUGGACUCUUUAAACCGCCCACGCCCGCUCCCUGAUGUCUCUGUUCUGCCGCCGCCUCGUGAAACACACGGGAUGGCCGUAAUUAAAAUGUCUGUAUAGAAAUGUGCUCUUUCGCCUCCUCUUUGAUGCAUCUCAUGUUUACGCUUUGUGAAUUCAGGUGAAAAUAUCUUCAUGUUGCUAAUUCCUGGUGUAAAAGAAUCAAACUCUUAUUGUAUUAAAGUUGAAGAUGCAUUUURGGAUCAUGUCUUAAUAUUUAUGCAUUUUUAAUUUAAGUAGAAAUUGAAAAACUAAGUUUUAAAGUUUUAUUUUGGAGCUUUUGCACCUGGCAGUCCCCCCCACUUUUCUUGACCUUUUUGUGCCACCCAGAUGUUAUGUUUGGGCCUUAAUGGGUCGAUGCAGUGAGGGUCUCCCAUGGGAUUAAAGGGGAAAAAGCUGAUUCAUGUUCUGGUUUUCUGUGAGUCAAAGUCUUUGUUUUAUACGUUUUCUCUUUCUUUCCUUUACCUCUCCCACAUCCUCCUCCUGCUGUUUUCCUUUUUCAGUUAUGCUAAAAAUGCUACAACUCAAGUAUUGAUCUCUUAUUAAAACUUAGCUUUCAGUGUUUUAGAUAAGAAUUUUGGGGUUUUGAAGUUUUCAGACCUUGUUGAUCCUGUUAAACUGUUGGACAUUUUAUUUUUGGAGUAAAACAAAGCCUGGAUUACAAACUUACCAGGCUUGUAAGACUUAAUUUAAUCUUUGUCUUAAUUUUGUAAUUAAAUAAAAAAAUUAAUUAUUAAAAACAUUAAAUUACUGUGUGACGUAAACUACUUUCCCCUUGAUUCAGUGCGAUCCAGAGUAUUUUUCCUGAUUGUUUUGGUUUGAUUGACAGUUCUGCUUCACUCUGUCAUGUCGCUUCCAGUUUUCUCAGGCUGCUCUCUACCUGCCUUACUUAAAAACAAAACCAGCUUUUUCAGAGCCUUGACCUACAAACUGAAGACCAGCUUGUACAAAAGAUUAAAUAUACUCAUGUUCCUCUGUGUAUUCAAAUCAAAAUAAAUUAUGGUUGUCGCAA